UAUUAUUUAUAUUCGUAGCAUAUAUUUUUUCAAACCGAAAGAUUGUGGUUUAAACUCUUUCGUCAGCCGAAACGACGCCGUCUUGCACGGCAUCCAGAUGAAUUGAGCGAAAAUGUUUAAGAACACAUUCCAGUCAGGGUUUCUAUCAAUUCUAUACAGCCUCGGGAGCAAGCCUUUGCAGAUUUGGGAUAAAGAAGUUGUCAAUGGCCAGAUAAAACGAACUCAAGAUGAAGAUAUACACUCCAAUGUCCUUGAAAUAGUUGGGUCAAAUGUCCAAUCCACAUACAUUACAUGCCCAGCAGACCCUGCUGCAACACUUGGUAUAAAGCUACCGUUCUUGGUUAUGAUUGUAAAGAAUCUAAAGAAAUAUUUCACAUUUGAGAUUCAAGUGCUGGAUGAUAAGAAUGUCAGGCGACGUUUUCGUGCUUCUAAUUUUCAAGCUGUGACUCGAGUGAAGCCAUACAUAUGCACUAUGCCAUUGAGGAUGGAUGAGGGAUGGAAUACGAUCCAGUUGAAUCUUGCUGAUUUUACCAGAAGAGCAUAUGGAACCAACUAUGUUGAGACAUUGCGAGUUCAGGUUCAUGCAAAUUGCCGGCUGAGAAGGAUUUAUUUCUCUGACCGCCUUUACUCAGAAGAGGAACUCCCACCAGAAUUCAAACUGUAUCUCCCAAUGCAGAAAGCAUGAUGAGUUUCAGCAAAACAAGCUCUUUUGGAAGAGCUUGGCCAUGGUUGAUAUUCAUGUUUUGUGGAUUUCCUUUGAGUCAGCCAACUGGUUAUAUCCAAACUGGUCUCUGUGAGUUCAGAAAACAUACAGUAAUGUAUCAGAUACCUAGAUCUAUUUUUGCGGUGGUUAAAAAAAAUUAUGUUCAGCAGCUUAUUUGACAUUAGGCUAUGGAAAGAUGGAACCCAUAUCAGAAGUACUGUAGCUUCUUUUCUUGAUCCCAGAACCUGUACCUCUUAUUCAUACCAUCUACUUAUGAGUUCCUUGA